UCGCGAGACUUGCGAAACGGCGCCCCCUGUUUUCUACCCGAGAAGCGACGGGAGGUUUGAGAAACACUGCGCGGCUAACGAUAGCAACGUACCCAAAUAGGAAUAUUUCGCCACAAUUCCUCAACAACACAACGGCGUUUUUACCGUUACUGGAAGACGGAAUACAAUUCUGUCAAGACGCAGAUGUUGACUCUGCACCAUCCAAACGCAGAGAAGCCCGAACAGAGGCAGAGUGUAACCGAUAGAGAAAAAGUAACGAGCGGCCUGUUUUUGUUCCCGGCGUGCAGGGAGCUCUCGGGCGGCCACACUUGUCACUCGAGACCGAGGCUUUCAAGGGCUUCGUUUUUCCUGCGCUGGGGAAGUGGUCGAACUCGAUUCCGAUUUCCCCCCGAUACCCGCAUGCCCUCCUGGUCGGACAGAUCGCACCACAUCUACCUAGGCGCCCCACAUUUUCGCCCUAAAGCCCAUCUGAAGCCGGAGAGGCCUGUUUUGUUUUCGAAGCCGAUCAAUAACACAGCCCGAGCCAGGCUGCAGGGCGCACGGCCUGCGCUCCUCCUCCGACGCCUCGGUCUGGAACAACGCGUGGUGUGCAAUGAGACCGGGGCCCACCCCAAACCCGACGAGCAUGCAUAGAGCAGAAUAUGGAAAUUUCAGUAAAACUGCACUCUUUGGACACGCACAUCGAGCGGAUUCUGUGUGAAUUUCGUGGCUUGUGCAAGGCAGUAGUGAGGCCACGGCUCUCCGCCGGAGUAAAGGACGUCACGCAGCGAUGUAUUGUUUCGUUCUAGCUCUAUAUAUACUGUCAUAAACUGAAACUGGACCUUGGAUGAAUACACUGGUAUGCAGCGCUGCAAGGGUGCACACCUCAUCUUUAAUGCACUUGUUUCAAAUUGGGAGGAGGAACCCGCACUCGGUGUUGUUGUAUCGCAUAAUCAGAUCAGCGUAACGAUGGAUUGGAUGUAACGGAGAUACACACAUACACAGACACACACACACCCACCCCGGAUUGUUGUUGACCGUGCACGGACUAUGCAUGUGGCAUUCAUAUUCAGACCACUGAACUUGAUGGUGCAUGGAGAUUUCAUCCAUUCAUCUAUGCUCUCUCAGACGCUCACGCGCUCCCGUCGAUCUCUGGGCCACGCACACACACAAACAGACACACGCACCCCGGGAGCGACAGACCGCCUACUCCCGCCGCGGAUAGUUCGCCGAUCUAUCGGUUCGGUCUGUGCACCGUGGGCUGUUUCGUUUUAACGCGUCGUCUCCCGGACACCGGGCGAGGGAGCUGACAUGAACCCGGUGAACGCGACCGCUCUCUACGUGUCCGCGAGCCGGUCGGUGCUGCAGUGUGAUCCGCGAGACCCCCGGGCCCUCGCAGAGCUCUGCAAGCUGCUCCCCUUCUUCCGGCAGUCCCUUUCCUGCCUCGUGUGUGGCAACCUACUGCAGGACCCCAUCGCGCCCACGGACUCGUCAUGCCAGCACUACGUGUGCCGCGGCUGCAAGGGCCGGCGCAUGCAGCUGAAGCCGUCGUGCAGCUGGUGCAAGGACUACUCCCGCUUCCGGGAGAACCGGCAGCUGUCCCUGCUGGUGCACUGCUACAGGAAGCUGUGCCUCUACAUCGCCCAGUCGCCGCUGGCGCCGCACAUCGCCACGGCCGCCGGAGACUCGCCCGACCUCCGGGCCAUUCUCGACGAGGGCCUCACCCUCGCCGAGGGCCAACGCCCCGACGACGAGGAGGCCGUGGCGGCGGCGGCGGCGGCGGAUGCCGGGGCGGCCGGCCAAUCGCAGGACGCCUCGGCUCCGGAGGAGGGGGGGGGGGAGGAGUCGAGCUCCGCGGGCGUGAACGUGAACGGGCUGCACCGGUGUAACGGCCUUGGGGGGGGGGAGGAGGAGGUGGCGGUGGAGGAGGGGCUUCAGUGCGUCGCCAUGGAGACGGGCGGCGGCGGCGGCGGCGUGCUGAAGCAGGAGGCCUUCGGGGACGAGCUGCCCAUGUGCGUGAGUCUCACGGCGAGCGGCGAGGCGGGGCUGUGUGACAUCACGGCGUUCGGCGAGAACCUGAAGCGCGGCGGCGGCGGUGGCGGAGGCGGCGGCGGCGGCUCGCUGCUGCUGAGCGUGGAGGAGGUGCUCCGGACACUGGACACAGACCCCGCCCCCAUCCCCGCCCCCUGCCACGCCCCCGUACCCCUCCCGGUGCCUUCCUCCACCCCUCCCGACCCCGCGCCCCCCCGGCCCGGCCGCUCCUCCCCGGCCGUACCCCGGCCCAGCUUCAACGGCCCCCACUGCCCCGCGGGGCCCGACUCCUCGCGCCUCACCCCCUCCCUCCCACCGGAGGACGGCCCCCGGCACCAGGGGCCCCCCCUCCCCGCAGCCCCCCGCGCCCCCCCUCGCUGCCACCGCAAGCGCUCCCGCUCGGAGAGCGACAGCGAGAAGCUCCAGCCCCUCCCCAUCUCCAGCCUGCUGCGCAGCCCCCUGCUGGCCCCCAGCGCCCCCCCCCACCAACCCGGCCCCGGGGCCGCCCCCCCCACCACCGCCUCCGCCUCCGCCGCACCCCCCACCGCCAAGCGAGAGCCCAAGUUCCCCCACCCCGCCCCCCACCAACCCCUGCCCCACCUGGCCCCAGUGCCCAACGGCGGGCCCCCCAAGGUGGGCAAGACUGUGCUGGUCUCCAGCAAGGGACUGAAAAAGACAGUGGAGCACCACGGGGGCCCCAAAAAGGCCUACAGCAAGGCCAGGCAGGGGGCCCCCAAGCCCCGCCCCCAGCCACGAGACCGCCUGCCGGGCCCCCACCCCCACGCCCACCCCGUCGCCCACCCGCCCAGUCCCUCCAAGCCCCUGUACAAGAAGCCCGUGGAGAAGAAGGGCUGCAAGUGCGGCCGGGCGACGCAGAACCCGUCGGUGCUGACCUGCAGGGGGCAGCGGUGCCCCUGCUACUCCAACCGCAAGGCGUGUCUGGACUGUAUCUGCCGCGGCUGUCAGAACUCCUACAUGGCGAACGGCGAGAAGAAGCUCGAGGCCUUCGCCGUUCCGGAGAAGGCCCUGGAGCAGACGCGCCUCACGCUCGGCAUCAACCUCACCAGCAUCACCGCCGCCGCCCUGCGUAGCCCCUCCUCCAGCGCCCCCGGCAACACCCUCAUCAACGUCACCACGGCGACGGGCACCCCCGUCACCGCCGCCUUCCUGUCGGGGGCGGGCCACGACAACCGGGUCUUCGACGACUCGUUGGAGAUGCGCUUUGACUGUUAGGGCACCCCCCCCCCCCCCCCCGUCACCUUGACAGUGCGGAGCGGCGGUGGCGCCCAAAUAAGGCAGCUACAGUGAGGACAGAGGAGGAACAGCGCCGCCCGUCGGCCGCUGGUGGUUUUACACGGUGAAACAGCGCCCCCCCAGUGGCUGUGUCACACCAAAUUUGUACCGGGGGCCGAAUUUGUACCGCCUACGUAAUCCAUUCCAAACCUGCCUGGCAACAGAGAUUGCGUCGAACGUUGCGAUCGCGUCGAACGACGAGCGACGACGAGACUAACGAAUACACUUUAAACACUCAGUUUACUAGCUAAAUUCGAUUAAACAAUUAAAUACAAUACAAAUAUAAACAAUGGUACACUUUAAACACUCAGUUUACUAGCUAAAUUCGAUAAAACAAUUAAAUACAAUACAAAUAUAAUGUAAAAACAAGUGUUAUCUCGCGAUACGUUAUCUGUAUUAUGUUAUUUCGUCUUUGGCAACAUGAGCGCGAAUGUUUUUUGAAACAUGCCUGGCAACGGACAACCUUUACGUAAUCAGUUGUCCAACGGACAACUGAUAACGUGGGCGGUACAAAUUCGGCCUCCGGUACAAAUUUGGUGUGACAGCUGCCGUUGGUUUUACAUAGUGAAACAGCGUCCCCGGUGCCUGCGGAUGGUUUUACACGGUGAAACAGCGCCCUCCGGUGGCUGCGGGUGGUUUUACGCGGUGAGACAGCGCCCCACGGUUGCCGAGGGUGGUUUCACAUGGUGGAUCAGGAAGCGAGGCGGAGAGAGAUCUGUAGCAUUACUGUAUGUUCAAGAAUAUCAUUUCAGUGAGGAGGAGGUGGGGGGUGGGCCUCUACUGUUGGUAAUGUUUAGAGCAUGUCUCGUUUGUCAGGAAUGUUGGCCAGGUAGAGUCCAACCAUGCCCCCCCCAACCCCCCUGUGUGUGUGUGUGUGUGUGUGUGUGUGUGUGUGUGUGUGUGUGUGUGUGUGUGUGUGUGUGUGUGUGUGUGUGUGUGUGUGUGUGUGUGUGUGUGUGUGUGUGUGUGUGUGUGUGUGUGUGUGUGUGUGUAUAAAUGUGUGUGUAUGUGUAUGAAUGGUGAGAUGGAGGCAUCAUCAUAACAGACUUGUGUAAUUUAUAUAAGAGGAAAAAACUUUUUUUUAUACGGACAACGGUUUCCAUUCAAGAGGACAUUUUAUGAUCUAUUUUAUAAGUUACAUUAAACUGAGGAAAGCCGUUGGAUGGGGUGGACUUGUUUCUCGGCAAGAUACGUUUCACUGAAGUCAAGAGAUUUGAAGUGUGACUUCCGUGUUUAUUCAAGCUGGCUGGUCCAGUGUGGGAUCGUCAGGAACCAUGAGAUGGUAAUUAAACGUGGCUGGAGAUUCCAAGCCACUUACUACAUUUGGUCAAUAAUGAUAGUGCAAAAAAAUAUGAACUUUAAAAUUCUGCAUUAGUCACAAAAAUGUUGACAAUUUGACACUGACUAUACAGACUAUAUUUAUCUAUUUAUCAGCCUCGACCAACUUAUAUUUUGAAGUGCUUUCCCAGUUUGAAUGAUGUAAUUCAGACACAUGAAAUGAAUCAGUCCAGUCCAGCCACUACAUGUUUAACUGCAUGUAUACUGGGAAUGGUGGAACGAGCUGGUCUACGUGUGACACUACAAAAUCAAUUGAAGCCAAGCACUAAUAUAAUUUACCUUAUUCCCGCCCACUCUGGCCAGGUACAGCUCAAAUAAAUACUGUGGACGUAGUAUUCUAGUCUUUUGUCUUCCACGUGUCAGACACCCUUUGAGAGUUGUUGAGUGGUCUUGGUGGGGGGUCCACUCCACAUUUCGUUGUUGGUUCGGAUCCCUGGAAGCUUCGCACCUGCUGCUAAUCCACCAGAAGGACUCGAAGGAGGACCAUAACUUCCCCUUGGUGUUUUUUUUUUUGUAAUAAGUUAUGUUAACAAUAUCCGCAGUAUUUAUUGUGACGUCACCUCCAGCGUAGGUUGCGCAGCGGGCGGUCGAGCGCCCCCUGCGGGCUGUCAGACGUUCCUGCUCUGCACAGUCUGCGUCUCAAUGAUGUUGCUGUCUUGUUAGUGUUAGUUACUGAUGUCUUCGAAUGACUUGUUUCCCCACGGGGCAUUAAAAACAUGUAAUAUAACUGUAACAUAUUUCCACAAAAAAGAAAAUCGAAAAAUUGUCGACUUUUUUUGUACACUGACUUGUAUGUUGGUUUGGAUGACUGUGUGUUUGGAGCCUGCGUUGUGACACGAAGAAUGACGUCUGUCGGAGGAAGCGACCACAUGUGUGAGUAUAACCAUUCGGUGGGUCUCCAGAUCCCCUUAGGAGAGCAUUUCAUCAUUUAUUUGAAGAUCCCGUCUCUAAGCCCGGUACAGGUCCCUCUCAGUAGGAGAUGAAAAAGAGGGUUAAACAUGCAAUGCAUAACAAAGAUAAUCACUAUGGGAUUGUUUUAGGAAUAUUGGAAUAAUCCUAACAAUGACGCAUCAUUCUAUAUAAAAUAUAUUUUGACUAACCUAGAACAGGGUUAACAAGGAACAGGCUAUGUGUAAUCGUGGACAACCUGUUACCAAAUAAGACCACCUGUUGGUAAUCCCGGACGGGGAUUGAUGCUGGUAUGCACUGUGAUAUCUCCAGUUGUAAUAUCUCAUGUCUCUAAUGUAUUAAGCAGCUCUGCAGAAAACCAGACCAGCAACCAUCGCACGAUAUCUUUAUUUCAAAUAUAUACACGCAGUUGCUAUUUACAUUCACAUUUAGUUUCAACCAGAUCGGCACAUUUAAGACUUUUUUUCUUUUUGGUAGAAUCUGCUGAAAUGAAAAAAAAAAAACACAAAACAGACUUUUUUUGGCACUGACAAACUGCUCACACACUUCAAAUAUCAUUAUUUUUGGUACGUUUUGAUCUGUUAAAAAACAGGUCAUUUACGCCUCAAUCUCUCUCAAAAAUUAUAUAUACAUUCAUAAACAAAGUAUAAAAAUACAGGAGGUGGUCCUAUAUUUAGAGAACAGCUGAAAAGCCCAUCAUAUUUAAUCUGUAUUGAUCCAUAGAGCUACAUUAAGAUCUAACGUGCUUAUGAAGAAGUACGCUUAGGCUGGUUUGAAGGAAAAAAAACGAUUUGCGUCGACGAAUAAAUGUGCCCGAUGUACGUACAACUUCCGGUUCGUGACCCAGUAAGGAGAAAGAACCGGAAGUCGCGUGUUACAAGCGGCAAAGAAUGAGAAAUACAAAACGAUAAAAGGAGCAUCAUUGGAGAUAAUCCAUAACGACAUAACAAAGGUAUCAGCUUUCUUUUCAUUUCCCGAACAUCAGAAAUGAAUCAAGCAUGUGCAUUUCUGUUUAUUUGUUUACCCCUCGCCUUUCUGCAUUACGUGGGAUAUGGUAUGCAGAAAGGCAUGCACACAUAAACUCAGUCCCUCCCCAGAUAUAAAGCACACUUUAACAAACUGCUACAUUAGCUGGCCUUGUUUACUUUAAAACACAUUUGAUUUGAGAUGAUCUUGGCAUAGUCCCUCUCACGCCCACACAUCUACCCCAGUAGCAAAGGUAGCCAAACGUUUUUAUCUGCCUUUUUAAAAGGGCCAACAAAACAAAGAGGGAAUUCACUUCGACUUCCCUUCCAGAAAUGUCUACGUUUCCCGCCCUUUUUAAUCCAUUAGGACACGCCCAUGCAUGCGCGCCAGACGCACGCACACGCUAGCUGACAAGGAAAGCCCCGAAGAAGCUGCUUUUCUCGUCCAUGUCUACGGCAGAGGCGUUGCUAACGGUGACGAAGAGCCGGUCCCCCGUGCUGAGCGGGAACAGCCCCCCCUGGUGGGCGGAGUGCAGAGAGAACUGGGAACCGCGAGACCAGCAGGACGUCCGGCUCGUCUUCAUCAGCAGGAUGGGAUCCGGGUAAGAGUUCAUCUGGAGGGGAAGGGGAAGAUAAGAUAAUACUCAACGCAAGGGUGACGGAAUUUUUUCUUUGGCAUUGCUCCAGUCCCAAAUAACCAUUCACACAGAAAUAAAAGACAAGACAAGACAUGGGUGUUGAGGUAUCAGCUGACUGUGGUCUCUGUUCAGUAGGGCUAUUGCAGAGGGGAUGAAGGAUUCCUUGUAGCUGUUUUCACAGGCCAGGUGUACAUUGAUUGAAACGCCUGCCUUAUGGUAGCAGCCGGAAUGAGUGAUGGAGGGGGUGAAGGGUGUCCUCUGCGAUCAGGUUGGCUUUCCUUAUCACGGCUGUACAGUUCAGAUAGAGAGGGUCGGGGGGGAGCCAGUUAUUUUGGCAGCCUGAUUCACUGUGCGUGUGAGUUUUGUUUUGGAGGAGGCUGAUUUACAAGGUGCCUUCACUAUUGCACCCAAUGACAACACUGGCAGGUAUAUACGGCUAGACUCGCUGGAACUUAUACCUUGGAUAUAUCUGUUAAAUAUCUUUAACUUAAAAAUACAACUUUUGAACUACAUAAGCUUAUACUGAGAUGUGUGAUUCUUUAAAAACACAACGACAAUUGUGCUGUGACAUUGAAAGCAGUGCUUUCAAUUUCACUUGAAGCCUUGCUUGACAGGACGUUACUUGCAGGCAACUUGUCGAACAUGGGGAAAUUCCACCUCCUCGGGACCAGCCUGUCGACGUUGGCGAGCAAACCUAUUUUAGUUUCAACAACAAUGAAACCUAGGGAGACUUAAAAUAACAAUGAAAGCAUGUGCUUAUUAUAAAGAAAUGCAACAACUCCACGAACGCAUACCUGAGUCCGCCAAAACCAACGCAGCUAAUGGGACGAUGAACGAUCAGCCCUCAACACGACGUGACCCACAGUUCGCAGAAAUGUUCGGAUACUAAUUGCUACUUUGUGUAUUUUCCAAACAACGAUUAAGAACCAGCUAAUAUAACGUGACAGAUUAUAAAUAUCCGUCGUCUGCAUGUAUUGGCAUGUUUAGGUUGAACCCGACAGGUUCCUGGUAAUGGAGGGCCCUUCCAAGGGCCGCACUCCACCACUUUGACACCCAUCCAUUCAUCCUAGUUGUCUUGACAAGUCCAGCAGAGUUUACACAGACCUCCGACUGUUUUACUGCGCUACUGACGACCGUCCAGCUUUCCAAAGGCUUGUCAUGUUCUAUUCAGGCCUGAAUGAGACUGCUCGUUGCUCUUUGGACUGUGGAACUUUCUCCACAGUCAGGAUAUUUUCCGCUGACGGCCUGCUACUUGUUCUUGGAGGUCUUCCUCGUACCGUAUGUAAACCACCCAUCACUUCCUGUGUGACAGUACGUUGGCGGCGUCUCUUUCGUUCCCCUUCACCAAUGCUCUCUGGAGGCCUCCCAUCCAGGCAUAGAAUCUGUAAAUCGCAGAGGCCCCAACCUCUCAGGCUGAGGGUUUAUCGUUGGGUUCAGCAAGGUCCGUCCACAUGGUAACGUCACCACAGUGAAAUAUAACCACUUAAGUAUGACGAAAUGUUAGAAGAAAAAAAACUGCUCAUGGGGAGUGUCUGGUGGUGGACAGGGAGGGGGCGAGAGGUUAUAAGAAACAUUCCAAGCCGAGCUCAGCGAUGAAAGAGAGACUAAGGCGAAGGCAAAGUGACAUCAGCCGAUGAUGAUGAUCAUCAUCAUGUGGAAGGAGGCCUUUUUUUAUGCAAUGGCGGCCCGCCCAAAAGCGGUCCACACCUCACCUUCUGGUAAAUGUACUGCAGCAGGGGCUUUCCGACGUCCCGGUCGCCCUGGUUCUCCGGCUGCUCUUUGUCUUCCUCCUCCGCCACGGGGUGAGUGUGUCUGAAGUAGGUCUGGGCGUAGACGUAGUAGAGGCCAGGCCGGGGGACCACCAGCUCCCCGUCCAACAGCUGGACGUCCUGGAGGAAGGCCAGGCCCUUCCGCCCCUCCCACCAGGAGAUCUUUUGGCCCUGCACCCGACGGCUGGGAGAGCCUGAGGUGGAGGAAGGACAGCAGAGCAGCCACCCAAUGAGUGAUCCUCGCUGGAAGUCACAACAAAUCAAAGCUUCUCGGUUUUGGCACCGCAGUGGUGGAACGAGCUCCCUGCCUAUGUCAGUCGCUCACCAGAUUCUGCCAAAAGACUCAAGCCUCACUUGUUCAGAAUUCACCAAGACUCUGCAUAGCCUCCCCCCCUUACAUCCUCCCGACAACCCUCUUGCACACUUAUUGUAUGUUGUACGUCCUUGCACUUAGAAACAGUACUUAGCAUUGUGUAGCAUAUUAUCCAAGCUGUCUUUGUUGAAAACAGGGAAUGGGUUAACCUAGUGAUUGUUAGUGCUUGGCACUCGGUUCCAUGAUCAUCCUUACUGUACCGACAGCGAUAUAUUGUUGUUUCUAUUUCUUGUGACAAAUGUACUUAUUGUAAGUCGCUUUCGAUUCAAAGCGUCUGCUAAAUGCCGUAAAUGUAAACACAGUACACACACCCCCUGGGGGUCAAGCAGAGUGACUAUAAACCAAUUAUAGCUCAGGUUUACUCGUUAGGAACGUUCCGACCAAGGAACAAAGAGAUGGACGUAAACAUCGAAGAAAGCGGUUGGCAGACCAUCUGCAUUCCCUCCCAUUUGGUACGGGGUCGGCGCGUCCUCUGCCUGUCUCCUAAACGUCAAUUUUAGGGGAAUUGUGAUAAAGUUGAGAGACAGUUUUAUACUAAAUCCUAAUUUUAUUUCCAAUGAUCGCUCCGGCUCGGAUAGUGCGCCCAGUAGCCCUUAUCAAUACCUGGUGUUAUACUGAUGCCCGACUACAUCACGUACAUAGUAUGCACAUACAGUUAUAAUUGCUUGAUUGACAGACGUAUCAAAUACUUUCCCUUCAACAAGUAGGCCAAACUAUUAUUGUUUAUCUUUGAUGGUUUAAAAAUCAACCGUUUUCUUUAUUUUUUUACGUUCAUAUUUCCGAUAAACGGAAUCAUGUGUUGUUGAUGCUAAUGAUCUGAUAAUAGUAUCAUUAGAUAAACGAUUUUCCAAAGCGCACUGGAAAUAGACACGGACAGCUGGAGCGGCGAAAGCGUCCAAAACACAGGAAAGGAAACAACAAUAAAAACGACAUAUCCCGCCAACCCAUCUAUGUGGAAACCAGGAGGGGAGGAACGCCGUUAGCUAAAGAAGGAGUACAGGUGUUCAGCAGACACUUCAGGGCCAGGAGAACAUCCCUUGUGUGUGUUGAGUUCAAAACCAUCCGCCUUCCUUCUGUUUCUGAUAAUUGAAAACACACCUAGCCUAUGGUGAAACUAAUCGAACAUGAUACCACACUGUGAUACAUGCCUUAGAAGCUCUCAUAUUAUACAAAUGCUAAUAUUUGCAAACCAUGUUCCAUUGACAUUCAGGGCAUUUAGCAGACGCUU